AUGCCUUCUUAUGCAAAAUUUCUAAAGGACGUAUUAUCUAACAAAAGGAAGCUGCAAGAAACAAGCGUAGAAACACUAAGAGGAGAAUGCAACGCUAUCUUAGAGUGCAAGGUGCCGAAAAAAGAAGCUGACCCCGGAAGUUUCACCAUUCUAGUCAAAUUUAGUGAAGUUUUGGUCAAUGAAACACUUGCUGAUUUGGAAGCUAGUGAGAGUAUCAUGCCUUUGUCUUUAUGCAAGAGGAUCAAUGCGAAGAUCAAGCCAACAAGGAUGUCUUUGCAGCUAGCUGAUAGAUCAGUAAGGUUUGAGUUGGAGUUGUUGAAGAUUUAUCAUGUCAAACCUGUCAUUCUUGGGAGAGAUUUUUUGAAUACAGCACGGGCUGUUUUUGAUGUGUUUAAUGGCAAGCUUACAUUGAACAUCUUGGGGGAGGACGUUAAGUUUCAUCUUCCAUCAAUGAUGAAAGGACCUGCUGAUGAAUCACUGUGCAGAGCAGAAGUAGCAAGGGUUGAGAUUAUGCAUCCACAGUAUGAUGACCCUUUGAGGUCAAUCUUAGAAGGAGUUGAGGAUGGAAGGUGCUUAGAAGACGCAAGUUUGAAGAAACUGUUAGAUGAACCAGAUUUCUAUAUGGAACAAAUGAUAUAG